CCUCACUCGCCGCUAUCAUUUUGUACUUCUUUUGUCUUUUGUUGCUCUCGACCACCGUUCUCCGCCGCUUGAAUCGUUGAAAACUUGCCGGAGUUUCCAUUUCCACGACCUUUAACUUAGAGAUCCACUAGUUGCUAUGUACGUGCGCGCGUAAAUUAACGUAGUUUUACAACUCUACUCUGUUCUAUAGAAUCACAAACUUCAUUUAGCAAAGACUGCGGCGGCGGCGGAGAGCAGGGAUCGGAAUCGGAGGCGCCUCGAUCAUUUUUCGAGCUGAAGAACCGUGUUCCUUUUUCGGAUAUCAGAAAUUUAAUAGAGAAAAUAAACUUUUUAUUUUUGUUGUUAAUUAUUUGUUUUACAAAUAGUUAAAUUAGAUCGACUUUGCGUUGUUCUGUUUAUCGUGUGAAGUGUGUGUGUGAACAAAUUAGUUAAGUUUGUUUUUCUUCGUUGAGUGAUGGAUCAGAAGAAUCUAUUUCUAUCAGCUUUGGGUGUGGGAGUUGGAGUUGGAGUUGGCAUUGGGCUGGCUUCAGGGCAGACGGUAAGCAAAUGGACGGGUUCCUCUUCAAACCCCGUUACGGUGGAUAUUAUGGAGCAGGAGAUGCUUAAUACCAUUGUUGAUGGUAGAGACAGCAAAGUAACCUUCGAUGAAUUUCCGUAUUACUUGAGUGAACAGACACGGGCCUUGCUAACAAGUGCAGCCUUUGUUCAUUUGAAAAGUGCCGAUUUUGCUAAGCAUACACGAAACCUCUCCCCUGCAAGUCGAACAAUCUUGCUCUCAGGACCUGCUGAGUUGUACCAGCAAAUGCUCGCCAAGGCUUUGGCUCAUUACUUUGGAGCGAAGUUGUUAUUGCUGGAUGUAACUGAUUUUUCACUGAAGGUUCAGAGCAAAUAUGGAAGUUCUAGAAAUGAAUCUUCUUUUAAGAGGUCCAUAUCUGAGACAACAUUGAAUCGAAUGUCAGACUUGCUUGGAUCUUUCUCCAUCCUUCAGCCAAAGGAGGAAAAGAAAGGUACAUUGCGUAGGCAGAGUAGCGGAGUAGAUAUUCCAUCAAAGGGAAUAGAAGGCUCCUCAAAUCCUACAACUUUGCGAAGGAAUUCAUCUGCCUCAGCUAAUAUGAACAAUCUUACUUCAUACAGCACUACAUCAAAUCCAGGUCCACUUAUGCGCACCAGUAGCUUGUCUUUUGAUGAGAAGCUUCUAAUACAGGCACUUUAUAAGGUUCUGGUUAAAGUGUCCAAAACAUGUCCUAUUGUUCUGUAUCUUAGGGAUGCUGAAAAGCUCCUUUGUAGAUCAGAAAAAGUAUACAUCUUGCUACAGAAAAUGUUAAGGAGAUUGUCUGGAUCAGUAUUGAUCCUUGGUUCAAGAAUUGUGGAUCCUGGAGAUGACUACAGAGAACUAGAUGAGAGGCUUUCUUCUGUGUUUCCUUAUAACAUUGAAAUUAAACCACCAGAAGAAGAAACUCAUCUUGUCAGCUGGAAUUCUCAGCUGGAAGAGGACAUGAAGAUGAUACAGUAUCAGGAUAACAAAAACCACAUAAUGGAAGUACUGGCAGCUAAUGAUAUUGAGUGUGAUGAUCUUGGUUCUAUCUGCAUGGCAGACACAAUGGCCCUCAGUAACUAUAUUGAAGAAGUUGUGGUAUCAGCAAUUUCAUACCAUCUUAUGAAUACCAAGGACCCAGAGUACCGAAAUGGAAAGCUUGUAAUUUCAUCAACAAGUUUGUCACAUGGGAUGAACAUAUUCAAGGAAGAAAAAUCUGCUGCAGGAAAGGAUACCCUAAAGCUUGAAUCAAAAGCGGAAUUAUCCAAGGAGACACAGAGUGGGGAAAAAGGCAGCAAGGGACCAGAAACAAAAGCAGAAAGCUCAACAGCUCCUGAAAGCAAACCUGAAACAGGAUCCACAGCUCCAGCUCCCACUACAAAGGAUGCCACCAGUUCAGGCACUGCAGUAAAAGCUCCGGAAGUUCCUCCUGACAAUGAAUUCGAGAAGCGUAUAAGACCCGAAGUCAUACCAGCUAAAGAGAUUGGUGUAACAUUUGCUGAUAUUGGUGCCUUAGAUGAGAUCAAAGAAUCUCUUCACGAGUUGGUGAUGCUACCUUUACGGAGACCGGACCUGUUCACAGGUGGUCUGUUAAAACCAUGCAGAGGUAUCCUGCUUUUUGGCCCGCCAGGCACAGGGAAGACAAUGCUGGCCAAGGCCAUUGCAAAGGAAGCUGGAGCAAGUUUCAUUAAUGUGUCUAUGUCAACCAUUACAUCUAAGUGGUUCGGCGAAGAUGAGAAGAAUGUGCGCGCCUUAUUCACUCUGGCAGCCAAGGUUUCCCCAACUAUUAUAUUUGUGGAUGAAGUUGAUAGUAUGCUUGGGCAGCGCUCCAGAGCUGGGGAGCAUGAAGCCAUGCGGAAAAUAAAGAAUGAGUUCAUGUCUCACUGGGAUGGCUUACUCACAAAACCAGGUGAAAGAAUUCUCGUUCUGGCAGCAACCAACAGGCCAUUUGACCUUGAUGAAGCAAUUAUUAGACGAUUCGAGAGAAGAAUCAUGGUUGGCCUACCUACACUAGAACAAAGGGAAUUGAUCUUAAAGACACUACUGGCAAAAGAGACAGUGGGCAAAGGAUUGGACUUAAAGCAGCUUGCUACAAUGACUGAGGGCUACACCGGCAGUGAUCUCAAGAACUUGUGCACUACUGCAGCAUAUCGGCCAGUUAGAGAGUUGAUCAAGCAAGAAAGACUUAAAGAUGUUGAAAAGAAGCGCCUGGCUCAAGAAGGAGGUCCAAAUUGUGGAGAUGCUCCGACAGCGAAUGAAGAUAAAGGGGAAAGGGUCAUCACCAUCCGGCCUUUGAAUAUGGACGAUUUUAUGGAGGCAAAGAAUCAGGUUGCUGCUAGCUUUGCAGCUGAAGGAUCUAUAAUGAAUGAACUGAAGCAAUGGAACAAUUUAUAUGGGGAGGGAGGUUCAAGGAAGAAGGAACAGCUGACAUACUUCCUGUAGAAAUGCUCCUCAUCAUCCUGAUGUGGAUCAUGAAAAGAUCAGAGGUUAAGUUCCUGGAAAUCUGACGGUACGUGUAUUGUACAACUGGAUGGCAAUCCAACCUGAGAUCUUUGACCUUAGGAGCAACUGAAGCCCGGGUUAUGAUUUCUGCCACGCUCAUAUAUAUAUAUAUAGAAGACUGGAUUAUGAUAUUGGUAAAAGUUAGUAUUAUAUAUAGUUAAUCAUAGAUUUUAUUCCAAGGGAACAUUAGUGGGUUUAGGCUUCUGGUCUGCUUUCAUUCUUAUGACUUAUGUCUUUGGUUGUGGAACACACAUGAUAUGCUCCGAGAGAAAUUAGACCUGUGGUUCACUUUAUGGUUCGAUGUUUGAAAACUUUGGAAUUUAUAAGGAAGACCCG